AUGAAUACAUCCUCCAAAUCCAGCACAUGCGGCAACUGGUCGAUCGUUUGCAACGAACAAAAUGACAAGGACGAUAAAUCGUUCGAGGACAGACAAAUUCUUGCCCGGACGUGGUCCGUACCAACGUCGAUAUGUAUUCUGUCCGACACAAAGAGAGAGAUACCAUCUGUAUCCGAACUCGUUCCUUCGAAGCUGAAACUGCCCCAGCUGGGAAGCGAGACGGCCGAGCGCGUUUUUCCCAUUCGCUCAGUGGUUUCUUUCGACUCAAAUCCCUCGUCCGCAUUACAGACACCUUCGCUAGAUAAGCUGGAAAGCCCCAUCUCGCCAUUUUCCGACGCCUUCUGGAACAGCACUGCCAAAGAUGGAAAAGGACCCUUCCAGACAGACAGCUCCCCGGAAAAAGACGCCGGUAAAGGUCCAGUCAUCUCCAAAAGACCGGACUAUUUGUCCCGUAUGCAUCAGAGGAAGACUGUUCUGGAGAGUACUCUCUCGCCACCUGUCAAAUGCUCAACGCCCGGACCUCCUUCCUUUUCCAAUUUCCAGACCGUCGCAUCAUCCUGUGAGGAAAGACCGGCCUGCAAUCGCAGCUCUAGUGACAUUAUCAGUCUAUCAACACAACUUCAGCAGACCAUUCGCGAAGGCGGAAAAGUCUUGGCUGCUCACGAGUGCACAAACGGAGUUUCUCACUCGCGAGAGGAUGAUAGUGCUGUUACCAUACAGCCGUUUGGGGCACUACUAGUGGUAUCAGAAUCUGGCGAUAAUCUGAACGUCCAAAUUGUGAGCAACAACUCCAGAGAUAUCAUGGGUUAUGCUGCGGAUGAGCUAUUCGAGCUUGAAUCAUUUUGCAACGUUCUGUUUUCCUCACAGAAGAAAACUUUCCUGGAUCAUGCUAGAUUCGUUUUGAGCGACGACUAUGAUGUUGAAAAGCUUGGUGCUGAGGUCUUUGGUCUAUCCAUCAUCACCCCGGAGGGCGGUACUCGGAACCUGUGGUGUACCAUGCACACGAACAAAGCAUUUCAAGACUACAUCAUCUGUGAGCUCGAGCCAGAUGUUCCAGUAGACAGGGAGGGAAACCCAGAAAUGAAGAAUUCACAUUCGAUUUCCGAGACUUCAGACAAGGUGUACAGCAAGACCGAACCGCUUACGACCUUACCAAGCUUGGGUGAUGGCGGAGCUUUACAAUCUACAGAACUCCUAAACACCCUUCCCAGAAUCUUAAAACUGAUAGCGAGUGCUCAAACAUUGGAACUGCUGGUCCAUAAUACCAUCUCUGCCGUCCAGCAACUGACGAAAUUUCACCGGGUGACCAUGUACCAUUUUGACGCGGAUCGAAAUGGAAUCAUCGUGGCCGAAGCAGUCGACCCAUCCUUCAACUUGGACUCCUACGAAGGCGUUCAUUUCCCUGAAUCGACUUUUCCGGAUAACCUGAAAAAUUCAUAUCUACGCAAUAACGUAUGCUUCUCAUAUUGCAAUUCAACGGAACCGGCGGAGUUGGUAUUUAGAGCAUUGACGAACAAAACCGCAUUAGACAUGAAACACACCUAUCUUUCCGCCGCCUCCGCACCCUCCAAGCACCUUGCAGGCACUCCUACCUAUGCCUGCUUAUCCAUCAACAUUAAUGUUUUCGGCAAGCUGUGGGGCUUGAUAUCCUGCCAGUCCUACGACGCGAGCAUAAGACUCCACCCGCUCGUCCAAAAAACGUGCUGGUUCAUUGCUGAAGCUGUCUCGAGCAACAUUGAGCGUCUCUCAUACACACUUCCGUUUCAAAUGCGAGAUCAAGCCGCUGUCUCUCCAGACAGAGAUUCAUCGCACGUCAGUACCCCAUCUGGCGAUCUGCUCGGACUUUUUGGAGCAGACUACGCCGCUGCGUCUAUAAUGGCCGAAACCAAGAUUCUUGGCAAACCGGCGGACUCUCAAGAAGUUCUGGCUCUGGUUGAAUACUUGAGGGCCAAGCAGCUGAAUACGGUCUUGUGGUCCGCUGAUAUCACAGUGGACUUUCAAGACUUGAGUUACUCGCCAGGGUUCCAUGAUCUUGCUGGCUUCCUCUAUACCCCCCUGUCUGCCGAUGGGACCGACUUCAUUAUAUUCUUCCGAGCCAACUCAGCCAGCUGUCGUGAUGCGAGCGAGCAUGACGUAAAAACAACAGUCACUUUAUCAGAGAAAGCAGCUGAAUGGUCCGCGGCAGAGUUCGGGAAAGCAUCCAUCCUCUCCCAGCUUUACAGAACUUUCACGGAGAUAUGGCAAGAAAAAGAGGCAGCGAUGCAGAACAACCAGCUCAUGAGACUCCUCUUAGCAAAUUCAGCACACGAAAUUCGAACGCCCUUAAAUGCCAUAAUCAACUACCUGGAAAUCGUACUGGAUGGGUCCCUCAACCAAGAAACAAGAGAGAAUCUCUCGCGCUCCCACUCCGCGUCAAAGUCUCUUAUAUACAUCAUCAAUGAUCUGCUUGAUCUUACCAAUGCCGAAAGCGGCCGGAAGCUCAUCAAAGAUGAAGUAUUCGACCUCACGGGGACCCUGUCUGAGGCAACGAAUAUCUUCUGGGAAGAAGCAAGGCAGAAACAUGUGGAUCUUCAGGUUGUCCAACACUCUGCCCUACCUCCAGUGCUGGGUGACCAACGACGUGUCCGCCAGGUAAUCACCAACUUGAUCAGCAAUGCCAUCCAACAUACAUCUACGGGAGCUGUCACAGUUGAGUCUUGCGUGCUCUUGGAUUGUGAUGAGUCCGGACAUAUUGCCAUCGAGGUGGCUAUCCACGAUACGGGUUCUGGCAUGUCUCAGGAGACCGUGGAGGCACUCUUCUGUGAGCUUGAGCAGGUCUCCAACAAGGGCUAUAUGCAGAACCCUAACAUCGCCUGUAAGCCCUCUCCCGACCUGUCCUCGGAGACGAAAACCGUUCUCGGACUGGGCCUGGCGUUGGUUGCUAGGAUUGUUCGAAACAUGGAUGGACAGCUCAGUUUGAGGUCAGAAGAAGGGAAAGGAAGCUGCUUCAAGAUUAGACUGAAGUUCCCGUUGCCUUCCGUGGAGGAUAUCCCGGCUGCUCCAAAUGUUUCUUCCAGUCCGGGUACAUCAUAUAGUUCAAACAACGAGCAGGCAGCCAAACCAGAAACAGAGGAGCCAUUCUCCAGAGCCAAUUUUCAGACGAUCCACAAGCCCAACCAGGAAUCGAACGGUAUCCCAUGCUUCUGUGGCGACAACAAUGAUCAAGCCAGCCGUCUCCAUGACAAAGACAAGCCCUUUCUGAAUGUUGAUAUCUCCUUGAAGUCAGGCGCAUCCACACAAAAAUCCAAGUCAACUUCGAAAACGACCCCACUGCCAAACCCAGAAUCAACCGAGACAACACCAGAAACAUGGCUGAAAUUAUCCUCGUCGCCUAAGCAAGAUAACCCCUCCGAGCUCGAUAUCAAAGAGGCCCAACCUCCCGCCAAAGAGGUUCCAGCUAGACAAGCAGAGCCCGCAACAUCAAAAACAAAAACAGACUCACCUAAACCCGCCACAGCCCUCGAACCAAAGACCUCUCCAUGCACGCUACAUGUCCUAGUCGCAGAAGACGACCCGAUCAAUAGUACAAUUCUCCGGAAGAGACUUGAGAAAUUCGGACACUCCGUGCACAUGACAGGAAACGGCAAGGAAUGCGCCUCUGUUUAUCGAGAGAGUCCCGGUUCGUUCGAUGCAGUGUUGAUGGAUCUACAAGUGAGGAAAUUCCAGUCCAUUUCUAUAAUCCACCCGCUGAUUAUCUACGGUUUCGUUAACAUUUCAAUGUACUAA